AUGAAGUCGCGUAAUUCCAGUCCGCAAUCCUCGCCGCAAGUGCUUAGGCGUAUUAGGGUCGACGGUGUUAAGGAAGAUGCUUCAGCUCCCUCCGGCUCACCAAAUCUCCGCUUCGGAGAGCUGCCGACUUUGCGGAAGAUGAGCGGACUGAGUCCGUACCCAAUGCAGACGAACGGCAGAGACACAUCGCCGCAACCGGGUCUUCUGCAACCGAUACCACAUGGCGCUGGAUCACGAAGAGUAAGCGGCGAGAUGACGCCUUCCCGACUUUCACUAAACGGACAUGUGCCAAGCUCAUGCGUAUCCGGUACUGUGUCGGCUUCGCCUGCAUCCGCUGAGAACGAGUCUCCCGCCCAAUGGAGCUCGGCGAUCGGCCAUGCGACUACUGCUGGAAAAUCUGGUCGGGUCAUUGAGAGGCUCAUGGCAGAGAAUGAUAAGCUGAAGCGCGAGUUGGAGCUUGCGAACCUCCGUGCUUUGGAGCUGGAGAAAAGUCUGAGCAUGUACCGGCCGCAGAUGGAGGCUUUAAAGCAGGAGAAUGAGAACCUGAGCCAUGCUAGGGGUGUGGACUCGACGCUUAUUGGCCGGCGGGACCGCAAGAUUGAGGAGCUCAAGAAUGAUUGUGCGGUCAAGGAUGAGAGGCUUAGGAAGCUUGAGGAGUUGACGAAGCAUAUAGGGCGGGAAGCGGAAGAUGCCCGCGAAGAGCACGCGCGGGAGAUGCAGAGUUUGGUCGAGCAGACGAAGCAUGCUACCGUGAACGCGGAGAUUUGGGAGACGAGUCACAAGCAGCUCAGGGCGGAGUACUUAACGCGGAAGGAUCAAUGGGAGCGUGAUCUAAAGGGGGAGAGGCGGCAACGCGAGCUUGAUCGGCAACGUAUGGCGAAGUUGGAUGUUGUGCACGAGCAGAUGCGGCAGGAGAGUGAGAGGGGUGGGAAAAUUCAAGCUGAGCUGAUGCAGAGAUGGGAGGCGCUGGAGGAUGCGAUGCGAUUGACGAUCAAUAGAGCGGAUGGGUCGAGUGAGCAGCUUCGAGUGAGAAGUGAGGAGAUGGUCAGGCUUGCAGAGCAGAUGCGUUGGGUGAUGAAUGUGUAUAAGAGCACCGGCGGUGGCGAGCGUAAAGACUCAAGAAGGGACUCGUUGCCGUGUGAAGCAUGA